CAAGAUUCUGUUCCCUCUUAAAGACUAACAGGGAUGCCAAAAGAAAAAUAUGAUCCCCCAGAUCCUCGCAGAAUUUACACCAUCAUGUCAGCAGAGGAGGUAGCCAACGGAAAGAAAUCUCACUGGACAGAAUUAGAAAUCUCUGGUAGAGUGCGGAGCCUAAGUCCAGCACUCUGGUCAUUAGCACACCUGACAGCUCUGCACCUAAAUGACAAUCAUCUUACUCGCAUUCCACCUGAUAUUGCCAAGCUUCAUAAUCUGGUUUACUUGGACUUGUCAUCCAAUAAACUCAGGAGUUUACCAGCAGAACUAGGAAACAUGGUGUCUCUCAGGGAAUUGCUUUUAAAUAACAAUCUGUUACGGGUUUUGCCUUAUGAACUUGGUCGGCUUUUCCAGCUACAGACCUUAGGUUUGAAAGGCAAUCCUUUAUCACAGGAUAUUCUCAGCUUAUACCAGGACCCAGAUGGAACCCGAAAGCUCCUGAACUACAUGCUUGACAAUCUAGCAGUUCAUCCAGAGCAGCUUCCUCCAAGGCCAUGGAUUACACUAAAAGAACGAGACCAAAUUCUGCCCUCAGCAUCAUUCACGGUUAUGUGCUAUAAUGUGCUAUGUGAUAAGUACGCCACCCGGCAGCUUUAUGGCUACUGCCCGUCCUGGGCGUUAAACUGGGAGUACAGGAAAAAGGGAAUUAUGGAAGAGAUUGUUAACUGGGAUGCAGAUAUCAUUAGUCUUCAGGAAGUGGAAACAGAGCAAUACUUCACCCUCUUUCUGCCAGCAUUAAAGGAGCGUGGAUAUGAUGGAUUUUUUUCUCCAAAGUCACGUGCCAAAAUCAUGUCUGAGCAGGAGAGAAAACAUGUGGAUGGUUGUGCAAUAUUCUUCAAAACAGAAAAAUUUACGUUGGUGCAGAAACACACGGUGGAAUUUAACCAGGUGGCCAUGGCAAAUUCCGAUGGAUCAGAAGCCAUGCUGAACAGAGUCAUGACGAAGGAUAACAUUGGUGUGGCUGUGGUUUUAGAGGUCCACAAAGAAUUGUUUGGAGCAGGUAUGAAGCCUAUUCAUGCUGUAGACAAACAGCUACUUAUUGUGGCAAAUGCCCAUAUGCAUUGGGAUCCAGAAUAUUCUGAUGUGAAACUCAUUCAAACCAUGAUGUUUGUCUCAGAAGUAAAAAACAUCCUGGAGAAAGCCUCUAGUAGGCCUGGUAGCCCGUCUACAGAUCCUAAUUCCAUCCCGCUGGUGCUAUGUGCGGAUCUUAACUCAUUGCCAGAUUCAGGUGUCGUGGAAUACCUUAGCAGUGGAGGAGUGGCCGACAACCAUAAGGAUUUUAAGGAAUUGCGCUAUAAUGAGUGUCUCAUGAACUUCAGCUGCAGUGGGAAAAAUGGUACCUCGGAAGGAAGAAUCACGCAUGGCUUCCAGCUCCAGAGCGCCUAUGAAAAUAACUUGAUGCCUUACACAAAUUAUACCUUUGACUUCAAAGGUGUGAUUGACUACAUUUUCUAUUCCAAGACUCAUAUGAACGUGCUUGGUGUCCUGGGGCCUUUGGAUCCUCAGUGGCUGGUUGAGAACAACAUCACUGGGUGUCCACACCCGCACAUCCCUUCAGACCACUUCUCACUGUUAACGCAACUUGAACUCCACCCUCCACUCCUGCCUCUUGUCAAUGGUGUUCACUUGCCCAGUAGGAGGUAGUGGAGUCCAGCCCCGCCAAGAUGGGACGGGGAUCUGUCGCUAUGGACCUGUACAGUUGUAAAUCAAAGUUAUGUAGGAGUGAAGUAUGGCCGUCGUUCAGCUGCUUCUUCAGGCUCCUUUCGUUAUGUGUUUGCUAUAAGAUUUUGCACAUUUUGGUGCAUAUUGGUAUCAUUUGGCACUAGGGCUGGAACCAAAGUAUUGCUCCCUUUCUGUGUUUUUAAUUUAGUGUGUUUUAAAUAUUGGGCCUGUUUCUUAUUCAAAGAGUUAGCUUUGGUAGUGGAGAAAUGAUCCGUUGAAGGUCCAACAACAUGUAUUUAUUGUUCCAAGACGCAUUUUCUGCCUAAUUAUAUAAAAAUGAGCUAUCCAUCUUUUAAAAUAAAAUGUUUUCUUUUAAUUACAUUAAGUAAAUUUGAAAAUUGAACGGUUCAUCUUGCAAGGAAAUGCUUGUUCCCCUUUAUACAAACUGGUUUGCCUCUCCAGAUCACUCUGCACAUUAGUAAAUCAUACAUACAUGAAUACAUCUGUGUGUGUGUGUGUGUGUGUGUGUGUGUGUGUACGUAUCUAUGUAUAUAACUGUAGAUCUAUACACACAAAUACACGCUUUGAAAAUAAAGCGCUUAAUUAAUGGUAUAGUGUUUUGUUGGGCAAACAUUGUUACAUUUCGGGAAGAACACAAACAAGACCCAGACCCUCUUAUUAGUUCUAUGUUUGUAGGUCUUAGGUUAUUGGUGAGAUCUAGAAGAGCUGUCUCUCCCUUAUUACUGGGAAAACAGUGGGAAAUACACAUUGCCACAUAGCUUGAAAAGAAAAUCUGAUAUAUUUGAAGACGGUGUGCAUACUUCCUAUGGAUGGCUAUUUUUGUCGAGUCCCAUCCAGUUUAUUCUUACAUGCUUUGCUACAUAGUAGACCUUGAAUAACAGAAGUGUUGCCAAUUGACCUAUAGGUCAUCUCCCUGACGUAGCCAGAAACCCCAGGCUCCAGAGGACAAAGAUAGAGUCACAGGAAUGUGAGGCGUGUCCCAGGGUGUGUAUAGAAUGAUGAAGUAGCUGCCAGGUGACCUCUUGGGGAGAUUUACAGCAGGGAGUAGCUCAGUACCAUUCCUUGGAUUAUUUUUCCUGACCCUAGCUGCCAAAUAGCCAUCAUAUGCUUUUACUCCUUGUUUCUGUUCUCUGUCAGGGUUGAAUUAAGAAGCUGCUGGUUCAUUCCUGACGGUUGACGCUCUUUAAAUGUGUUAUUUUAUGCCCAGGUGGGGCCAGUGCAAAAAACCUGUGCCUCCAGAGGCAGUAAACAUAUUGCAAUUUUCGGGGGGGGGGGGAUUAGUUGGCUGCUUGAUGUUAAUUAUGGCACAGUAAUAGGGAAAGGUUGUGUCUGUGUUUUUAAGUUUUUCUUUAUUCUGCUUUUUUGCUGCUAUAAGAGUUUCCUGAAAUUUAUAUUUUAGACUUUUCAUGCACUUUACUGUUUCUAGUCUCAAAAUGUGAUAUUUUUAUUAAACAAAAAUUUUCCAUUAUGUGAGUGAAACUUUAAAAUAGCCUAUAUUUGUCCCUCCAUAAAAAACAUGCAGGUCAAAAUUUAAAUUAAUUAGUUUUAAAUAUAUACAAUUUGUUUCUUCCAGAUCUGAACUUAGGCUGUUUUAUUAGUCUUGAAAUGAUGCAUUUCCUUUGUUUUAUAGUAAUUUCAUCCAUAGUAAAUUAAUCAGGCUACAUAAAAUAUUAUUCCCUGGUUGGUUUAUUUUUGUGGGAGGAGGAUUGGUGGGAUUGUGAGAUGUCAAUUGUGGGAUUGCAUUGGAUGGUUUUACUGAAGUCUAAACUCCCUUUCAAAAGUGCCUAGUGUUAGAGGCGUGGUCUGUCACCUAUUGAAAUUGGACAUCGUUGUAGUUGAGUGAAGUUUGAUGUAAAUAAAACAUUAUUUUAAAAUGUUACAGCACCAAAAAAAACCCCCCUUAAGAUAACAGAUUUUCCAGGUGUCCCUUCUUAUAUACCUCAAGCAUUCAACAUCUUAGCCAUGCAAGUAAUUUGAGAGUAACUAAAGUAUAGUACUGGAAAGUAGAAUAGCAUGAAAAACUUAAAUUUUGUGGACAUUGCCUUUUUGAAUCAGCUCCUGUAUCUUGUACUUUGUUUUGGGUGGCUUUUCUGCUCUGGAGGUAUGCACUAACAAAAUGUUUUCCUCCUUUCAUAUACGCAUGUUAAUUAGCAGUGUGAGCAAUAUUUCCUACCAUACUUCACUCCCAAUAUUUUUGAGAUGUUUGUAUAAAAUGGAAUUUAUCGUUCACCUAUGAUUGUAUAUGAACCACAGAGGAGCCCAUUUAUUAAUAAUAAACUUUUUUAAUAGUUAAAUGUUAUGGGGAAAAUAAUAAAAAAAAACUGGGAAACAUUGUAAACAGCUUAAGUUUAUUUUGUGUAUGACUGAGGCACUCUGUUGCAGGAAGGUGUGUAAUUGGGUUCUCUCUGCUUCCAAAUGCACUCAUUCAAACCAUUCAUUAUCCUGUGUAAUUUUUAACAUGGUUUGAGUAGAUGUGUAGCAACUCAUGUUGAAAUGGGUAAAUUGUGUUCUGUUUCUGGUGGCACACAUGCCCUUGGGACCUGGUAUCUCAGGCUUCAUGUGUAUGGUUCCCCUUUAGCCCACGAACCCUUUGUCCUAAUAAGUUCCCUUUGUAAAAGGAGUAGUAUCUGUUUUGAGCUACCUGUUCAGGUGAUCAGAAAUGCUGCUGUCCUCAGUGUUGUCUUACGGAAAUAAAAUGUAGGCCCUUUGGAUCUUUGACGGUACCUAGUGUAGAAGAGAAUGACCAAACGUGUAUAUUCUCUAGAAACAAAAUAUACACUCAUGCUUUCCAGUUUUUGGAAUAAAUGAGCUUUAUGCCAUGGAGCUACAUAUCUUCUGAAGAGACGAAAAAUUGGGGCAUUUUUAGUUUGUGAUUUAUGCUUUUUUAAGUUGUCGGAUGUGAUUUCAAAGUAUCUCUAAUAGAACAGUGUUUUUUUAAACGAUUUAAAGCAGUGUUUGGGAGAGGGAAAGUUGUACCGUUUGCCAUCAUCGGUCAUUCCAUGUAGCAUGUAGCAUCACCUAACCUAUUGGGCCUUACUGCCCAUCUCAUAGCUUUACUCCUUGUAAUGGGGAAUAUCGCAGCAUCCUCAGGACUGACAUCUGAAAAAGGCUCAAGGCCUUAUACUGCUCCUUGCUUGUUGACUUUGUUUUUAAAAAAUGUGCCUGGUGUCAACUUACAAGCAACAGCACUGCCUGAAGCAAGCAGAGAAAAGAAUCCCAACACCAUUCUAUGUAGGCAACUUUUUAAAGUUCAAUAUAGAAGAUCUGUUAAAGAUGUACAGUGUUUUAUGUAAAAAGCAAUUUUGUAUGACGUCGCUCAAUAUUUUCAUUUCAUUAUUUGGAUGUAAGGAGGGUGAGCAUUUGAUAUCACACAUUGAAGUCAGGUAUGGCACAAUGCGUUCAGAGACCAGCUCCUUCACCCCCUCUACCCAAUUUGCCUUGUUCUAAGCUUCUCUUUUUAAAAUUCCUUUCACAAGCAGAUAUUUAAUUUUACUAAUAAGCAUCCUUUGUAAAUGUUUUAAAAGCCACUGGGUGUUUGUGUUUUAGUUUUCAGAAGUAUAUAGUUCUAGUUCUUGGCCCUAACUCCUGAAAAUCUUACAUUAUAAAGAAACGGGGAAGGGAAGAUGACGAAGGCUCAUACCACUUGGUUCCGUAGUGGCUUUAUUAAGUAGAGGACAUGGAACGUAAAACUGGAAAGCUUAUAAAUAUAAUAUUCCACUUAAAAAUCUUGAAACUGUCAUUUCCAAGGUUUCUGAAAACACUAAUACGUCAUAUACUCUUUGAACAAUCAGAUAGCUGUGGAAGGGGGAAUAGCAUAGAAAAUAAUAGAUGGAACAGUGUUAAUUAAAUGCAUCGAAAGUGAUGCUAAUCAAGUCGUGCCUAACUGAAGGUCACCUUUUUGGGUUUUAUUUUUAGAAUAAUUUACUGAUAUUUAGUGGUUUUAUCUAAAGUCUGAACUACUGUAGCAGUUUUUCAGAAUAGGUUAAUGAUUCACUAGCAUAGUCACAGGAAUCAGUCUUGACAGUUUCUGAUGGCUUAAACAUAUGAAUACUAUUGGAACAAAGAACUUUCAAAAUUAUGUGAAAAUGACCCUACUGAACGUUUACUUUCAUAACAGAUGCACGGUCUCACACUUGCCCGCUCUCCCUCUUUUUGUUUUUUAUCACCUUUCUGAUAAUUGAAGAUCUUUUUUCCAAAGAUAAGUUGGAAACUUCUCAGAUAUCUGCAUAAUUUUAUUCAGUUAAUUGGUAUGACUAUCCCAUAUCUGCCUGAAUACUAAUAUAAAGAAAAAACCUUAAUUGGUGAGAAGCCUUAUUGUUAGUUAUUUAGAAAGUUCUAAAAACAGCAUGAUAAAGUGAAAGCAUAGGUUUUGUUUGAAAUUGAUUUCUGUAGAGCUAUAAGCAUCUCGUUUUUAAAGUUAGAAAUAAUUAAAUUGGUGCAUCUUUAAAUUGGUCCUGUCCUGAAACUGAUCUGCUUUAAAUGAAUCUGUUCCAGAGGAAUAUUUUGCCUUUCAGUUGGCUUGAUAAUGCUCAUACUAAGGAUUCUUUUCUUGCCCCUCUUAACAAUUUAAUUGAGUUUUUAGAAAUAAAACUGGGAGAGAGGGAGGGGAAAAGACCCCUUUUGGCCAGGCAUGGCCGCAAUGAAGAACAGUUCUUUUUCCCCUUGUUUAUGCCAACAUAUUAUAUAGGAGUGAAGUAUCUAUUAAGUAGGUCUUUCAGGAGAGUAGUAAAAAAUGGGAAUACUGAAGAGUCAAGCUAGAUGUAGGUGGUGGUUUCUUAAAAUGCAUUAGUAUCCAUUGUUGGUCUCAACAUAAGACUUUAGUAAGCAUGAGCAUAUAGAAAUAGUCCUAUCAGUAGCUGAACAUUUCUGAGAGCAAAACAAGUUUCUUUUUCAGAAUUAAUUACUGAGACCAUUUGUGCCUAGCAAAUAUUAGCAGCAUACAUAAUGCAAUACAAAAAGCAUCUGGAAUUGGAGGUGGAGGUUUUCAUGAACAAAUUUUAAGUCAUCAGGUGGGAGUGGUUGGGGUAUCAGUUUAUAUUUUAGGAGUCUUUAGCAAUGGCAAAGUGUGCCAAGUGAUAUGAUUCUUUGAGUUAUAUUGCGUGUAAACUUAACACAGUUGUUUAGAAGUCAGAAUCUCUCCUGCUUCUAGUAUUUCUUAUUGCUGUUAAAUAAUUCCCAAGCUUUUAAAUGAUAACCUGCUUUGCAUCUCUGUGUUUUCUUUCUAAAAAGUAAGAAUCAUGGUGGCCCUUUCUAAAAGUGACACUUGCUGCUUAUUUUUUGCCUUUAAAAUUUUUUUAGAUUAAUAGUGUGGGUUUUUAUUUCUUUUCAGCAAUUACUGUUGUUUUGUGCCAUGUUUCCUUAAUUUGUGAUUUUCUGAAUUUAUAAGGUUGGCAGUGGUGAUGUGUUAAUAGCUUUGGCUUUGCUUCUUACUGGGCAGUCUUAUUAGGUUCAGUGUGUGAAACAGUGUCUGAUUUGUAUUCACUGGAAACUUCACUAUCCUUUCUCUUUGCUUUACUUGCUAAAAAUAUAUUUCCUACCUGUGAAAUCCCUAAGCAGCACUUUGCUAGCUGUGGGGUGGGGGGAGUGUCAUGGUUUCAGCCCCUGUAGCCUUGUAUCUGGACUCCUUCGUUACUGCACACUGGGACCCGAGAUUGUUCAGUGUUGUGAGUGGCAAGUUCUUCAACACCAGCAGCACGGAGAAGUGCGCUAUGGGCAUUCGUACAGUUGUCCAAAUGCAGGCUGUCUUAGAUUUGUGUAGGGAUCAUUGGUAGAUUUUUGAAAGCAGUGAAUGUUUUGUUUUUUAAAUUAUUAUUAUUAUUAUUAUUAUUAUUAUUAUUAUUAUUAUUAUUAUUAUUAUUAUUAUUUUGUUUGUUUUUGGCAUGAGUGUGUAUUUUUCUUGCUGAAAAGGCCAGGCACUGGAAAAACAUAACCAUGAGUCAACUUUUUUCCUCCAUUGUGAUCUUUUCCAACUCUUAUCCAAAAAAAGUGCCAACAGAUUGUCCUCCUGAAACCAGCUGGCCUCUCCAAGUUCUGACCAUUUGGUGUGAGGGGAAAGGGGACCUUUCUUUUUCAUUGCCUAGCACUGAAGAAUUCAUGUUGUGCACAAUUGAGUCAUUUUUGUGGAUUGUAAAGUGUUGUUACUAUGAGUAGCUAAUGGUUGGAAAGCCAAGCACAGAAGUUUAGAACUGAGUAAGGUUUUUCAUUUGCUUUUAAAGUUUUCAAAGCACUUGCAGAUUCUACUGACCUGGUACUCCUAAAUAAGUUCUAAAGGAUUUUAAAAGUUAUGCUUUGACUUUUAGGGAAAAGAAGAGCCCCAAUUUGUCAUAAAAUGUUCCAGUAAUCUGUUUUAAAUGUUAGCUUCUCUUUAAAGAAAAAAAGUGGAAAUAAAGUUGAAUGAAGUGCCGUGUAAUUGUACCUUGCUAGUUUUCUCUGUUAAACAGAAUGGUUCUGUAGGGUUAUCAUUUCAGUACUAGGUGUCAUCUCUGGAGGAACGGUGUUUCUACUUUUUGGUUGAACACUCAGACUAAAUCACCAGCUGCUUUAGUUUUCUAUUUAUUACAUUUAUCCAGUUGAUGAGGUCUUGAAAUUAUCGACCACGCUGCUUAGACAAGGUAACUUUCACAGUGGACACUGUACAACAUGUGCGUGCAAGAGGGCACGGUUGGGUGUUGGUAUUUUUUUUUAAUGUGAAAAAUGACUAAAAGUAGUCCUGCCUUUUCAAUCUUGUGGCAGCUCAGAAGGGAGGUGCUUAUGAACCUUAACUACUAUGUCAUAUGACAAAAUACUUUUUUUUUUCCAUUUUGGAGAUUGGGUACUGCUCACACAUGAUGUAUAGGGCUAAAUAUCUGCUUGUUUCCUCGCACCUGUGUGCUUUCCCCUUCUGUCCCUGCCCUCUCCUCACCCUGUAGGCAAUAAAUGGCCAUUUUGCAACUGCA